AAUUGUUUCCUAUGUCACUGUGGUAGUCUUGGUGGCGGCCACAGCAAGAUUUUAGACAGAUGAACCUUACGCGUAAUUGGCCAGAAAAAUUGCACAUUUGCUGGAAAUUUCUUUUCUCGGCGAUAUGGGUGUUUGCAUGCAGUCUUGAGCACAAACAUGUACCGCCCAGGUAAACCUGCACACGGGCCCCCACCGUUCGGACCCCCACCAACCUAUGGUUCUCCUUUCAGGCUCGGAGGGCCCUGUAGUGUUCCUCCUCCUGGACACUUACCCCCUGGACCGUGUGCACCAUUUUCGGCUUCAGCAUCAGAUAGCCAUUUUCUCCACAACAGGCCACCAAGAGGGCAUUUCACCAGGCCCCACUGUAGCAGCUUCUCCAUAGACCAUAGUACAGUGAUUGGUUUGGGAGGCAGGCGGCAGAUCGGCCCUCCUGCAGAACCAACGCACACUCAGGUCCCACAGUGGCAUCCCAGUCCUGCAGAACAUCAUUCUCCAGACAACAGUGACCGAGCUGGUGAGGAAUUCCUGAGAUGCAUUGCAGCCAACAAGCCUCUCCCAGACUAUCUCAAAGGGAACAUGGCAUACAACCUGGCUGAUGCAUUUCAGUCAGCUAAAGUCCUGAAAGAAGUAGUCAAAUCAGACCUUGCGUUUCAGAAGCAUGUGAACAGGAGCAGAAGCCAAAGCCGAAGCCGCGGCAGAUCUCAAGCCAAGAACUGUGCACGAAGCAAAAGCCAUGCACGCAGCCGAAGCAGAGGAAGGAGUAAAAGUCGUGCUCGUGGCAAGAGUAGAGUGAGAAGUAAAAGCAGGGCUCACAGUAGGAGUCGGAGCCACAGCCGAAGCAAGAAGAGGAGUCAUGUGCGAAGCAAGAGCCGGGUCAGGAGGUCCAAGUCACGAAGUAGCAGUGGUGAAAAGAGCCAUGGCACAGACAAAAAAAGAAAGAGGAGUCCGAACCACAGCUGCAUCAGCAUUAAUAAUCUGACAGAAAAUAGUCUGUUGGAAGGACUGAAGCUGGUCAUGAACAGCAAAGAAAUGGAAGAGCGGUUGCCCACCCUCAAAGAUGCCAUCCUCACUAUUCAGGCCUCAGAUGAAAGCAAAAAAGUGGAGUCUUUUCCAGAUGAGCACAGGCAUCAGCAGCACGUCAGUCGGGAGAAUUCAAUAUCAUUGGAAAAUGAUAGUAUGCUCCUUCCUCAUGACAGAGUAGGAAGUGACUUCUCUUGGCUCCAGGUACAAAGUCAAGAGGACUCCACAGUCCGAAAAGCUGAUGAGCUUGAAGAUGAAGAGUCAUUCUUGUAUGGGAAUGAAGACGUUGAAGGAAAACAAGCCAAUAAGUCCUCUAAAAUUAAAAGAACCACAAUUUUUACAGAGUUUUCCCAGAUUGGAGAACAUGCCAAACCACAGGAAAUGGAUAGUCUUGCUCUUGGCAGUCAACAGCAACAACCCCUUCAGAUGACUUCCUCAAGUUUAGUCUCUUCCAAUCUAGACAGCAGUGAAUGUGAGAAGAUCAAGAACAUAUUAGAAAGUCUGGGCACUGCAGACAUCAGCGAGAUCGUGGUGAAGAUGCAGGGGCAGAAAGAGGGGAAACAUAUGUUUCCUGCACUUCUUGGUUCGGACCCAACAGCAACAGGCUUAGUAAUGCCAGCACUGAGUGACCCAAAUGUGCGACAAGCUCUGGAGUCUCUACAAUCACUGAUCAAAGAGACCCAACAGUACCACCAUGAGCAAGAACUUGGCAAUGGGGGCAAGGAAAAACUGCCUGUUAAGAGGCAGAAACCUAGGACAGACCCUACGGCUCUAGCGACAAAGGAGAAGCGGGCAAAAAGAGAUGGCAGUGGCACAACUCAGAUAUCCUCUAAUAAACACAAGAUAGGUGACAAUGAGGAAAGGAAGAGAGAGAAACAAGCCAGAAUGAUUAAAAUGGAAUCCUUGAUGAAAGAAAUGGAAGGAUUGUUGAAACAGGAUGGAAUGAGUUUUCUGACACCAGUAAUUGGAUUCUAUUGCCAGAGGUGUGAGGAGUUCAUUGGAGAUUUGAAUAGUGCUGAAAACCAUACGGCUAUUCACCGCCAUAGUAACUCUAGCAGUCAGAAAGUGCAGAGAGACAAGCAUGCUGGAGACAGCAAAGGACACUCGUGCUAUUUUAACAGCAGCAAUAACAAACACCUAAACCCCUCAGACAGGAGAGAUCACAGGGACUAUGGUUACGAUAGAGAUUCAGGAGACCACAGGAAUCACUACCAACAAGACUGGAGAGACGAUAGAGAUCACAGAAGUAAAUAUGAAGACCACCACCACAGAAGCCACAGGACUGGGCAGGAAAACAUCUUCUUGAAAGAAGAGAUGAGAAAGGAGAGGAUGCUCAUAACGGUAUCCCGUGGACUGACACCUCCUCCGGAUAUCGGGGUUAUGGACGAGGUGAACAAGGCAAGCCAUAGCAAAGUCAAAGUGGAAGACGCAGACCACAAGGGGAAAUCAUCCAAGGACAGCAGAGAAAAAGUUAAAGUAAAAGAUGAAAGCAGUGAUAGUAGUGACAACGACAAAGGAAAAAUACCAAAAGCAAAAUCAUCUAAAAAGAAAAAGAAGAAGGAGAAAAAGAAGAAGAAGGACAAGUCCUAAUUUUUGUAUUGUGCUUGUCAGUUUCCAUAUCCAUAUGUACUGAUUCCUGAGAUGAUUAUGGCAGCUUAUUGCUGCCUACGAUUCUACACUUGAAGGUUUGAAUUUUAUCAUUACACUCAAGGGAACCACAUUGUUGUUUUCUUUUCUCUUCAAUGUUCUGUUCUUGUUGUUUUUUGUUUUUUAGUGUGAUCAGAAGACAUCCCUCAAUUCUGCUAGCUUCCUCCCUCUAAGCAAAUAAAAAAAUGCAUCAGAGACCAGUAAAGGACAGCCACUUCAGGGGGCGUGGUACAGUCACUUUUACAGUCAGUAGAAGCACAUUGACUGCCGUCUGUAAACUUAUAUCUGUGUGGUACCUUUGUUGUAGUUAAGCUAACGGUUCAAAGAGGCUAACUCCGGAUGUGUGUGUGUGUGUGUGUGUGUGUGUGUGUGUGUGUGUGUGUGUGUGUGUGUGUGUGUGUGUGUGUGUGUGUGUGUACAGGGACUGUCAGCGCGUGGGAUCAAGGUAAAGAUUGCAGUCCGGUGCUUCUCCAGCCAAACCAUCUAAACAGUUCCAAAAUUGAAAAAAGAGGGUUAGCAAAAACUAGCAUAUACUCCUCUGAAUGAUAUGUUUCAAUCAUCAGAGUGUUAUUAUACAAAUGGUCAACUAUGUCAGUAUUGCCCUUGCAAGGGUGAUUUAAAACUAUAGAUGGCACGUUGAGCCAGUUAUAGGCCAUGAAAUUUCGUUGGUUUUUUUAUAAAUUUGGUUAAGUCCAUAUUAACACCAGCAUUGAUGUGUUUUAUCACUGUACAGUCAUAUAACUUAGCUUGCAGCUCAAACAACAUGUUUAAGUGUGUAGUAGCUAUUUAAAGGAAAUCUGAUAUGUUAGUAAGUGCACUUGUUGCUAUCAGAUCUAGUCAAAAGAAAAGAUUAUUAUUAGUUACUUUGUGCAUCUAGUACAGUUACACAGUAACAGAACAUCUUACCUAUAGUUAUUACCAAGAUUGGAAGGGGAGGAAAAUGUUCCACUCUCAAAAGGGCUGCUUCCAUUGUUUGUGCCAACCAAGGUCAAACAGAUCCCAGCCUGAUCUCUACUGGACACCAAUGACAUUGAUAUAAACUUGUUUUGGCUGUCGUUACAUUUUGUUAAUUGGCUUCCUACGCAUUUUUACAUGACAAUGAAUAUGUUGAUGUAUGGUAUGUAUUAUUAUUAUUACUAUUCCCUCAGAUCCUACUUUCAUAUUUUAAUUAAAUGUUUGAAAAAAUUAAGCAGUGAAUUAAUUUUGACUACAUAUUCCUCUUUCUCAAUACCAUUACUAUUGUGUGCAUGUUUUCCGAGGAGCAACAGCAUUGUGGUGUUAGAAACUGUAUUUGGAUUUUGCAUUUGAGUUCCAUUUUCUUCUAACUUGCACUCAACAUGCAUUUUUAUCUGAAAUACAAGAUAACCCAAUAUGUCACCUGUGGUGAUAUUCCAGAUAAAGGAAAAUACUUAUGUGAGUGAUCACAUUUUUCUCUUUACAGUGCACUGGUCAUAAGCAAUUACCAAAAAGUCUAAAUAGAUUGGCGAAACUGUGACAGUUGUUGUAAUAGAAAGUAACCUGCUUUUGAGAGUAAUGCUUAAUUUUGUCCUUUGAUAUAUUUCUAUUUUUUGUUUUUCAAUUACAUUGUGGUGGGAAAUGUAAUUGUUGCCUGGAUUAUGUGCACAACUUUUAAGAAAAAAGUGCUACUUACCAUACCUUAUGGUAACAUAACCAUUAAAAAAAGUUACAAGCAGAUAUUGUAUUUCUAGAUCUCUAUUGGAAAAGUGUGAGAUUUAUGGUUUGGUGCUCUACAAAUAAAUUUGAACUGAAUUAAAUCUGAUAUUUUGCUGGAAAGCAAAUGAAAUGCAUGUCAAGGAA